AUGUAUAAGAAAUUAAAAGUCAAUGUUCUGUUUCAUUUCGUAACGGUAAUAAAAUUUCUUAUCGCCUUCUGUGCUGUCUAUUUUGCCGCUGCAGAGGUCACAGAAGAUGAUUCAAUAUAUGAGCUUUGGCGAGUAGAUAAUGUAGAAAAUGAAGAUAUCCUCCGCGAAUUCGAAAUUAGAGCACACAUGAAUGAUGCGAUUUGGAAAAAGAAUGAAACUUACUACUUCAUUGUGGCUGAUUAUGAACUGACUUACUGGCAAAAACUUCUUAGUAAUUAUGAUAUCGAAUGGAAGGUUCUUGGAAAGAAUUUAAGAGGAAUAUUUGAUGAUAAAUUCCUGAACAAAUAUUUAAAACCCACCAUAGAAAUUGAAACUUCUACGCAUAAUUUGAAGAGCAGCAUGAUUACUACCAAAGCAAUAUAUCCAGAAUCCGAAGAAAUUAUUGACGACAAAUAUCCAUAUACAACGCAGAAAAUACAUCAUUUAUGGAGUACCGAAGAAGUAACAGAACCACAUGGGCCUUCCGAACUUUGGCGUGUAGAAAAUGUGAAAUCACAAGCCGUUCUGAAUGAAUUUAACGACAGAGAAAUGCCGAGUCCAAAAAAUGAAGCUGAUGACGUAUCUAAGUCGGAAAGUUCUGAAGAAUAUUUCGACAACUUUAAUUUAGGAAGUAAGUAA